AUGAAGAACACAUCUCUCAAGCUUUUUGCGGUGUGUAUAUGUGAAGGUUCAUAUUUGGUUGAUGCAAGAGAGAUGACAGAAGAAGUGAAUUGCCUAGACAGAAAAUGUGUAACACCUACAGCGGAGAACAUUGUGAUUUGCCACAAAGAUGACGACUGCAAAAAGUACUGUCCCAAAGAAUGCCAACCUAGUAAUCCUUGUGUCUUUACAUGUACUAAAUCAGGAGGCUGUUUAUGUCAGUGUAAAGGGAUCUAA